AUGGCUGACUAUACCCCAAAUGGGACUGGAAGCCAGCUUUUUGCUGAAAAGAUGUGGCUUCAAGGUGCUCUCAUCACUGCUGUGGGCUAUGGAGCAGUUCUCACUCUAUAUGUUCUGGCAUUUUACCUUCUCUUAUCCCGACUGGAUAGGUGGAACCGUCAAGCUCAUGCUAUCUUCCUAGUUUACAUCACAGUUCAAUUCAUUUUUGCAACCCUCUUCCAAGCUUCCUCUGCCCGCUUUACUCAGCUAGCUUUCAUCAACAAUCGAGACUAUCCAGGUGGUCCAGGUGCUUAUGAGCUUGCCUUCUUCUAUAUUCCAGUGGAUAUGCUUGGAAAUAUAGUUUAUGUACUGUCUAAUUGGUUCUCUGAUGCACUUCUGUUGUGGAGAUGUGCAGUUAUAUACAGCACCUGCAGGUUCCCAUUGUGGGUGAUUAUGGGAUUUCCAGCUGUGGUGAUGAUGGGAUCUGUUGGAAGUGGAAUUAUGUAUCUUCUUCAGGUGUCAACAACCUCACCCUUCCUACCCUCUUCAGCCAAUUUCACCAUCAUCGACAGUAGCAUUUCCUUAGCCCUCAAUUUAAUGUUAACUAUCAUGAUUGUUGGCCGUCUGGUUGUAUACAGAUAUCGUCUCAAAACAAACUUUGGACUCUCUGUAUCGCAGCGUGACUAUACAAGUGUCAUGGCCAUGCUGGUGGAAUCUGCGGGACUCUAUGCAGCAUUCAGUCUGUUCUUCAUUGUACCUUUUGCAUUGGGAAGCUCUGUGGAAAAUAUAGCCUUUCAGGCAUUGAGCCAAGUUCAGGUUAUAGCUCCAUUUUUGAUCAUAGUCCGUGUCUCCCAAGGCAAGGCAUGGUCAACCUCAACAGCUCUGGAGAUCACAUCAGCCAGUGAAGGUUUGGGUACAUUGAAAGAUAAGGUCCCAAUGGCACAAAUACAGUUUGCAUGUGCAUCUAGAGAUGAUACUAGCAUGCCGAAUGCAAUCAGCCAUCACCCCAGUGUUCCAAAUUCGGACACAACUCUUACCACUGAAAUUGUGUAA